AUGUUGGACGACCAAUUCCGUAUGCGUGUGAAUACUGGCUGUACUGUGGACAGCAAGGACUCCGGGAUAGACGUGCGUUCACGUUCUCACAAUUUUCCAAAGCGGGCACUUUGUCGUGAGUCUCUCAAGCCAGUCAUGGAAGAUGGAGAGGACCCAAAGUGGGAUGUGGACACCAUUCUUUGGGCGAUCGUAUUUGCUUUGACAGUUUGGUUUUUUCGACUCCCGAUGUCCAUAUGGUUUAGCAAAAAAGUCGAUUGGUCUCUUGUGACGUUGUCCAUUGGCUGCUUUUCUAUUUUCUGCUCGUGUGGCUUGUGGAUGUAUUGGAAAUAUCGUUCUAUCACCCGCUGGCGUCUUCUUAGCCCUUACAUUUUCACUCUUGCAUGGAUCGCUUUUGUUGGUGGUGUUGUCAGUUUUUCUGCCUCCACAUGGCUGCUGUUCGGAUGGUGGUCAUUGUACAUAGUCGGAGUCACUAUGAUGUUCCUUGUUUCGAUUGCGCCAUUGUUUUCUUGA